UGUAAACAUCGAAGUCAGAGACUUUGCGCCCUAAGGACGUCAUCACCUAAUGGAUGGCCAUGGCACUCGGCAUGUUCCUCCAGAACCUGUUUUUCUUACAGGGCAAGGGUUCAAACCUCAACAGUUCGUGUUGCCUGCCUUGUUCAGACCACUUUUUCAUAGGCUACAAGUUGCAGGCAGCAUGCAGAACCGGUUGUCGUCAAGUACUGGGGACGAAGACCAAGAAACAUUUACAGCAUUAAGUGAUGGCCCUGGGAUCCCACCUUGACAGCAAACUUAACCCGCUGCCCUGACCGCCUCCAGGCCACUUCGCAUUUUCACAAAUGUCGUGCUGCGUGCCGAACCCUCCUUAUUCCUGGCUCUCUAUGAGAAUCUGAACAAACAUUUUCGACUUCGUGUAUUCUGUGCAUGAAGAUCGCAAGUUCUCAAAGGAAAUCUUCGUAAAAUGGCGACAGCUAAAGUUCACGAAUGGGUGAUGUCCCCUUAUUGCUUCUGCAAGGAGCUGCCAUGGUUGGUCUUGCGAGGGCUUGCCGGCUACUCCGCCCCUGCUUCCUGGAGCUCUGGGCUGGGAGGACAUGGCUAUCUGGCUGCCUUCCUCAUCGGUCUUGCCGUCUUCCUUUUUCUCCUGUUCUUGCUGCUGUGCCUCUUGUGUCCGGGAGGCGUGUGCUGCGGUCCAUCUGCAUUGUGCUGCAGAAAGAAACAGGAAAAGUCGCCAAAAGCCUCCGCUAUGACGUCAGCUUUGUCCUUAGGAAGCAGCACAGAAGACACGACUCUAACAGCAGUAGAUCUAAAGCUUCCGAGGGCAUGGAUGGACACUUCGAAGAGUGGAGUCUUUGAGAGUAGCGAUCUAGUUCAAGAUGCCGACCAGUUCGGCGGAAGCAAAGUCCUGGCCAACACAGACGACCUCCUCUACGGCCGACACGGCUACUCCACGAAAAUCGGUCGACGACAAGGCCAUGCUGGAAGCUCCCGAGCCUCUUACGACGACGACUGGGUUUACACGAGAAGCGGGGCCAUCUCCACCAGAUCCAACGCCCACCGCGCCAGGUCAGCGUCGGUGGGGUCAGAGGCCGAGUUCGCUCGGCACUGGAACAUCCGCUCGGCACAUUCCGCUGACGUGGACGGCGUCUGGUCGCAUGGCGGAGGAGAUCGUACAGCUCGGACCGAAAGUUUGCGGAGAGAAAAGCUUCGAUCAGGCCAUGGAGUUGCUCAUGAAAUGACUCGAGACUUGGAAAGGUGGUCUAGGUCAGAGGGUCAAAGAGCUUGGAAAUCCAGACAAGGUACAGAGGUGGAGCGAGACCUCGGCAAGGGCCCAGACACCAGCCGAACUCCUGCGUACGAUUUGAUGACGUCCAAACACACCUCUCAGUCUGAGACCAGCGCCAGCCAUUCAGCAGCAGCAGGCGAUGAUGUCAAGCAGCAAUGCGCUGGAGCAGACGACACAAUUAACUUCCGCUUCCGGUGAAAUUGCAAGGACCGAGCAGGCCACUUCCGGCACGCCUGUCGUUCAGUGUUACACAGUGACCAAGAAGACAACCACCACCACCUACGGAGACGAAGAAGGAGAUGAAGAAACUUGCGUGGUGACGACGACAGAGAAGAAGUGGCGAGACGGCAUGAACGAGGUCGGCGAGAUCAGCGUAUCCGCUUCCGCCACGGCCGGUGAGAUCCUCCCCUCCCUCGGUGCCCCCGCCCACGUCAUGGCUGACGUCAGCAACGUGCGCACCGUCAAAAGUCUGACUAACGUGGAGGGCAGUCGCAGUGACGUCGUGCGACGCUACGAAUUCCAGCAGUCACGUGUUCGAGAUACCGCCCUAUGACCUCACAUGGCGGCUGCACAUCCGGAAGCUGCUAUCGGCGGAAGGCGUCAAGUUAAAACGAUUCACAGACUUCAUCAAUGACGAUGGACUGUACCAUUAGUUACACAUUAUCUUUCGAGCACUGAAGACAAGUGAAAAAUUAAAUAUCAUAAUAUUUCUCUUGCUGGAAAAUGUUUAGAAUAAUUCUCUCUCUCUCUCCCUGUCCCUCACUCCCUAUGCGUGUGUACAAUUUAUUUUAUUGAGUUUGUAUCCAUUUGUGUGUUGUAUAUUUACAGACGUAAAAUCAUGAAUCACG